GUGUGCAAGGAGAAACACCGCUUUGAGCGGCUGAUGGAAUACUUCCGCAACGAGGACAGCAGCAUCGACUUCAUGGUGGCCUGCAUGCAGUUCAUCAACAUCGUGGUGCACUCGGUGGAGGACAUGAACUUCCGCGUCCAUCUCCAGUACGAGUUCACCAAGCUGGGGCUGGAGGAGUUCCUGCAGAAGUCGAGGCACACGGAGAGCGAGAAGCUGCAGGUGCAGAUCCAGGCGUACCUGGACAACGUCUUCGAUGUGGGGGGGCUGCUGGAGGAUGCCGAGACCAAAAAUGUGGCCCUGGAGAAGGUGGAGGAGCUGGAGGAGCACCUGUCCCACCUAACGGAGAAGCUGUUGGACCUGGAGAACGAGAACAUGAUGCGGGUGGCGGAGCUGGAGAAGCAGCUGCUGCAGCGAGAGAAGGAGCUGGAGGUGGUCAAGGAGACCUACGAGCACACGAGCCACCAGGUGCACACGCUGCGCAGGAUGAUCAAGGAGAAGGACGAGGCUUUCCGGCGGCACUACGGCUCCGAGCCGCCCCCGCUUCCCAGCGCCGAGCCGCCACCUCCGCAGCCCGAGCCCUCGGAGGAGACCCUGCGACCCCCGGACCUGGACCUGGAGCGCUUCGAGGAGCUGUUCAAGACCAAGGCGCAGGGCCCGGCGCUGGACCUGGUGUGUGCCAAGAGCAAGGCGGCGCAGAAAGUGGCCACCAAGGUGACCCUGCUGGAGGCCAACCGUGCCAAGAACUUGGCCAUCACCCUGCGCAAGGCCGGGCGCAGCGCCGACGAGAUCUGCCGGGCCAUCCACACGUUUGACCUGGCGACGCUGCCGGUGGAUUUUGUGGAGUGCCUGAUGCGGUUCCUGCCCACGGAGGCGGAGGCCAAGGCGCUGCGGCAGUACGAGCGCGAGCGGAAGCCGCUGGAGGAGCUGGCGGACGAGGACAGGUUCAUGCUGCAGUUCAGCAAGGUGGAGCGGCUGCCCCAGCGCAUGGCCAUCAUGGCCUUCCUCGGCAACUUCGCCGAGAACAUCCAGAUGCUGACACCGCAGCUCAACGCCAUCAUCGCAGCCUCGGCCUCUGUUAAGUCGUCCCAGAAGCUGAAGCACAUGUUGGAGAUCAUCUUGGCGCUGGGCAACUACAUGAACAGCAGCAAACGCGGCGCAGUCUACGGCUUCAAACUGCAGAGCCUGGACCUGCUCCUGGACACCAAGUCAACAGACAGGAAGAUGACAUUGCUGCACUUCAUCGCGCUGACGGUGCGGGAGAAGUACCCAGAGCUGGCGACCUUCUGGCAGGAGCUGCACUUCGUGGAAAAGGCUGCAGCAGUGUCCCUGGAGAACGUGCUGCUGGAUGUGAAGGAGCUGGGCCGGGGCAUGGAGCUGCUGCGGCGGGAGUGCGGGCAGCACGAGAGCGCGGUGCUGCGCGGCUUCCUGGGCGGCAGCGAGGGGCAGCUGGAGCGGCUGCAGCGCGACGCGCGCACGGCCGAGGAUGCCUACAACACCGUGGUGCGGUAUUUCGGCGAGAGCCCCAAGACCACCCCCCCGUCUGUCUUCUUCCCGGUCUUUGUCCGGUUCAUCCACUCUUACAAGGACGCAGAGCAGGAAAACGAGACGCGGAAGAAGCAGGAGGAGGUGAUGCGGGAGAAGCUGCUGGCACAGGAGGCUAAAAAGCAGGAGAAGCGGAACAAGUGGCAGCAGCAGGAGCUGAUCGCGGAGCUGCGGCGGCGCCAGGCCAAGGACCACCGGCCCAUGUACGAGGGCAAGGAUGGCACCAUCGAGGACAUCAUCACCGCGCUGAAGAGCGUCCCCUUCACUGCCCGCACGGCCAAGCGGGGCUCCCGCUUCUUCUGCGACCCGUCCCACCACGACGAGUCCAGCUGUUAAGAGCCCAGCCCGAAGGUGGAUCCGCCUGUAGCCCAGCAAGGCAAAGGAGCCCGACCGGGGGGCAGGGGAGGACUGGGGCUGUCUCAGUCCCUCCUCACCCCCCUCUGCCCCCCAAGUGCCCAGUGAGGCUCCGUCCUGCCCUGACACCACGUGGAACAGGGCCAAAAUGUCCCCGUGUCACCAUCCUUACGGGUGACAUCCCUGUGCCCGGGGAGACCCUGCACCCCCUGCCCACCCAAGACAGAGGCCAAAUCUGUCCGUGGUGGGACCCCAGCAUCAGGAGCUGACCCGUGGGGUGCUCCCUCCCUGUCAGGGUCCCCUUGUCCCCGGGGGGGGCUCACUGCCUCAGAGCCCCCAGCCCCACUACAGGGACCAGAGGGACCCCUCCACCCCGCGCUCGACACUUUGACCACUGAUGUGAACACUAAGUGCCAAAAAAAAAGGGACCAAAGCCAGGCUGGGGGGGCACCGGGAGAGGGGCAGGAUGGUGCCCCCCACCCCAGGACCCCCCUGCCCUUCCCCCCACAGUGACUUUUUGUACAUGUGAAAUAUAUGGAGUC